ACGCAUAAGUGUAACCUUGAGGUCACAAGGUAAAGUCACGAUUAAACCUAAGUCGAACUACGGAAUAGCUAAUUAAGCGAAUUUGACCGAGGAGCUAGACUUUGUCCCGGUGAAACAAAGCACCCGAACGAACCCUCUUCACUUGGGAGAACCAGAAAAUGACAGGACCUUUAUUUUUCCGGCAAGUUCUCCGUUCUCCGGCAGCCGCCGCCAAAUUCGAAACUUUCUACCAACAACAAUGUCAUCGUUUCACCUCCGCCGCCGUUAAACAGGAAACCCACCAGUCUACGGCAAAAAACGACGGCGGUGACGGUGGGAGAGGCAAAGGAAAGUGGGUGACUGUGCCGCCGUAUACCUCAACCGUAAACGUCGAUUCAUUGGGUAGAAGAUUAAGCCGCCGAGAUAUUGAAGCACAAAAUGAGUCCAUCAGAACGACGAUGUCUGCUUUGAAAUGGGUUGUUCGUUGUUGCCCUCAUCUUCCUCAAUCACUUGUUCAGAAACUCUUUCGUCUUAGACAGGUUAGAAGAGACUGCAUAGAAGGAGAUGUGGACUGCAGCGGUGAUGCCCAAGAACGCCGGUUGAAAAGGGUGGGAGCUAAGGACUUGAUGAAGAAAGGAGAGCGUGUUUUUCUUCCUAUAUCUGUUCAAGGAUCAUCACCUGUGAAGAAGCAGAAAAAGUAUGAGUGCAGUGAAGAAGAAAUGAACUUCAUCCGCGGCCUUGAGUUGUAUAAGGAUUCUGCUAUUAUUGCUAUCAAUAAACUCCCGAAACUGCCAGUACAGGGUGGCAUUGGGAUCAAAAAGAGUUUAGAUGAAUUGGAAGCUACGUGUCUGAGAUAUGACUCCAAUGAACCUCCCAGGCUGGUACACAGACUCGAUAGAGAUAGUAGUGGAAUAUUAGUGAUGGGAAGAACACAAACAAGCACAGCAAUCCUUCACUCUGUUUUCCGUGAGAAAACUAUUGGUACCCUGGAAAAUAACGAGAUUGACUGGGGGAAGAUGAUCCUACAAAAGAGAUACUUGGCGCUUGUCUUUGGAGUUCCUAAACACUGCAAGGGAUUGAUCUCAGCACCACUAGCAAAGGUCUUGGUAGAUGAUGGAAAGUCAGAACGAAUUACUAUUGCAGACCGUGCUUCCUCAUCCCAGCAUGCUAUUACAGAGUAUAGAGUCUUCGAGACUUCUGAUUAUGGGUAUACAUGGUUAGAGUUAUGCCCAGCCACUGGCAGGAAACACCAGCUUCGAGUACAUUGUGCUGAAGUUUUAGGUACACCUAUUGUUGGAGACUACAAAUACGGCUGGCAAGCUCAUCGGAGAUGGGAACCUUUAGCACCAAGUCCCAACGAGAAAUUUGUUGAAGCAAAACCAGAUCCCCUUGGCCUUGAUUUAGAAUUCGGCAGCAUCACUGAAAAGCAACCCCAUUUACAUCUGCACUGUAAACAGAUGGUUUUGCCGAACAUUUCUCUCGCUCUUGAUCAUGUCUCCCCUGAUUCAGAUUAUGACUUCUCUAAGUUGGAGAGCGUAAACUUGGUAGCCCCCUUGCCAUUGCACAUGCAGAAGAGUUGGGACCUUCUGAAGUAUCUUGCUCAGCAAAGUUCCUGAUCAUCGUUCAUUAGUAAAUGGUACUCUCAACUUCUCUAAUUCUUUCAUCCAUUUUUAGCAAACCUAGUUAAUGUCAUGUUUUCGGCUUAUAUUAUUUAGUUUUGCUUCUGAUAGAGAUUGCAAUAUAGCCUCUAAUGUGUUGAUUUCCUUCUUGGUGUUACACAGUCAUGAUUCUUUUCUAGAGUAGGUUUAGCAAAAGAAGUGAGAUUGUAGCAACUUCUAUGUAAUACAUUUCAACCUUAUCUUUUUACAUUGAAGCAUCUCGACCAGACCUUAUGUAAAAUGAAACAAUAUUUACUUUUAAAACUCUAUAGAUAUUAUACUCUCUCGGUUCAGAUUGUAUUGAUUCAGAUAGAAAAAAUUGGUCAAUAUACGGAGAAACAAUUUAUUCUAGACGGAAG